AUACCAUGUGUGUGAAAGAGAUUGGGUUCCGUCUUAGGCCAAUUCCCAAAAUUGCUAUAAUUUUUCGGCUGCAACCUUCAACUCCCACUGGCCAUAUGCAUGAUUACAUAUAUUCUUUUAUGCAAUAUUUCUACCCAUUCACACCAUCUCACACUCACACACACCCCAUUCCAUUAUUAGCUGCCUCUCCAUAACCUUCUUCCCAAUACUCCCUCUCUCUAUAUUCUCCUUAAAAAGCCUCACUCUGUUCAAACCUUCUCACUUCUAUAGCAAAACUCAAUCUUCCUUUAAUUUUUCUCUCUCACUCUCUACCUAUCUAAAGUCUAAACCAUGGGGUUCAGAAGAUGCACUGUUUUGAUCUUCGCAAUGAUGGCAUUACUUGAGAUUCAGAUUUGCACAUCGGAGUUAAACCGGGCAAACUUUCCAAAUGGGUUUGUGUUUGGCACUGCCUCCUCAGCUUUUCAGUACGAAGGUGCGGUGAAAGAAGACGGAAGGGGACCAUCUGUGUGGGAUACUUUUUCACAUACUUUUGGCAAGAUAACUGAUUUCAGCAAUGCUGAUGUUGCAGUGGAUCAGUACCACCGAUUCGAAGAAGACAUUCUACUGAUGAAGGAUUUGGGGGUGGAUGCCUAUAGAUUUUCCAUUUCUUGGUCUCGGAUUUUCCCUAAGGGAUCUGGCGAAAUCAAUCAGGCAGGAGUUGAUCAUUAUAAUAAACUCAUCAAUGCUUUACUAGCCAAAGGAGUAGAACCGUACGUGACCCUCUAUCACUGGGACCUACCUCAGGCGUUGGAAGACAAGUACAAUGGAUGGCUAAGCCCUGAUAUCAUAAAGGACUUUGCAACUUAUGCUGAGACAUGCUUCCAGAAAUUUGGAGACAGGGUGAAGCACUGGAUCACAUUCAAUGAGCCCCAUACAUUUGCCACACAAGGGUAUGAUGUUGGUCUACAAGCACCUGGACGGUGCUCCAUUCUCCUUCACUUGUUUUGUAGGGCAGGGAACUCGGCUACUGAACCUUACAUUGUUGCUCACAAUGUCCUACGCUCGCAUGCAGUAGUAGCAGAUAUUUAUAGGAAAAAAUAUAAGAAUAUACAGAGAGGAUCACUAGGGAUAGCUUUUGAUGUCAUUUGGUAUGAGCCAGCAACAAAUACCCAAGAAGACAUUGAUGCAGCUCAGCGAGCUCAAGAUUUUCAGCUGGGCUGGUUUCUUGAUCCUUUGAUGUUUGGGGAUUAUCCAAGCUCAAUGAGAAGUAGAGUAGGAAGCAGGCUUCCAAACUUUACACAAUCCGAGGCUGCUCUUGUUAAGGGUUCAUUAGAUUUUGUGGGAAUCAAUCAUUACACCACAUUUUAUGCAAGAAACAAUUCUACUAAUAUAAUUGGAACUCUGCUCCAUGAUUCCAUUUCAGACUCCGGUGCCAUUACCCUUCCAUUCAAUGGUACUAAAGCUAUUGCAGAAAAGGCAAAUUCUAUAUGGCUAUAUAUUGUGCCACAAAGCAUGAGAACCUUAAUGAACUACAUCAAACAAAAGUAUGGGAACCCACCUGUAUUUAUCACCGAAAAUGGGAUGGAUGACCCCAAUAGUCCAUUUAUCUCCCUCAAGAAUGCUCUGAAGGAUGAAAAACGGAUUAGAUAUUAUAGUGGCUAUUUAUCCUACUUACUGGCCUCUAUCAAAGAUGGUUGCAAUGUGAAAGGCUAUUUUGCAUGGUCACUACUGGAUAACUGGGAGUGGGCAGCUGGGUACUCCUGUAGAUUUGGUCUGUAUUUUGUUGAUUACAAAGACAACCUCAAGAGAUACCCCAAACAAUCAGUCGAAUGGUUCAAGAACUUCUUGAAACCAACUAAAUAACUAUGAAGAUUUGAGUAAAGUUGUAUUUGGAAGCAUAAAAAAAUGUAUUUGAUUAGAUCAUUUGAAUUGAAUUAAUUUAAUUUAAAAAAUAGAUUAUAUGUUGGAAAUUUAAUAUAGUAAAAGUAAGAUUUGAAAUUGAUAUGUAAAUCAACUUUUUAUAGCUGGAAAACCUUGUGAUUCAAACAUAUUCAUUUUAUGUUAAUUACUUUUUACCAAGG